AUGCUCCUGAAAUUAGAAACAAAGGAUGGUAAAAUUUGGAGAUCCUUUCAACCUGCGUGGUUUGAUACGUAUGAUUGGUUGGAAUAUAGUGUGGAAAAGGAGGCCGCUUUUUGCUUCCAUUGCUUUCUUUUCAAGAAACCAUCACAAGCCAUUAGAUUUGGAAAUGAUGUUUUCACAAAAGAUGGUUACACUCGUUGGAAAACAGCCCUAAGUAAUUUCAGGAAGCAUGUUGGUGGUCCAUCUAGUUACCACAACAUUGCUAAGGGAGAUUGUGAUGAUUUCAACAAUCAGAGAGCAAGUGUGGCUACCCAAUUCCGUGUGUACAGCAAGGAGUCUGAGAUAUCUUAUAAAAUCCGCCUAACUGCAUCAUUGGAUUGUGCAAGGUAUCUCAUAGCACAAGGUGAAGCUUUUCGUGGGCAUGACGAAUCCUCCACUUCCAUCAACAAGGGCAAUUUCAGAGAGUUAUUGGACUGGUAUAAGGACAAGAAAGAAGAUGUGAAGGAGGCAUUUGAUAAGGGGCCAGGAAACGCACAAAUGAUUUGUUCCGACAUCCAGAAGGACCUUGCGACAGCUUGUGCAAUGGAGGUAACCAAAGUUAUUAAGAAUGACAUUGGAGAUAAGAAUUUCUCAAUACUUAUUGAUGAAGCUAGAGAUUGCUCAAUAAAGGAGCAAAUGGCGGUGAUUGUCAGAUUUCUAGAUGAUCAUGGAGUGCUUCAAGAGUGA